AGGUAUACGUCUGUCUACAGUAGGUAUCUAUCUAUCGAGGUAUCUAUCUAUCUUUCGGAAUAGGUAGAUUGUGACCCCCGGAGGCUAGAGCGUCACGUCGUGCGUGUUCGUGUUGUUGACUCUUCUCUCUUCUCUCUUGUGUUUGUAUCGUGUUAUGUUGUGUUGUGUUGUGUUGCUUCGUGUCGCCUCGCCUCGCCUCGCCUCAACCUUGCAUCAAAGCGGUUUGCUUUCCAUUUAUGCAUCCCGCAUCACCAUAGCACGCACGCACUAUUGCACCACACCACCACCACCACCACCACCACCACCACCAUCAUCAUCAUCAUCAUCAUCAUCACAUCGCUAUCGCCAUUACAGCCACGGCGGCCACUACCAUUGCUUCCCUCAAUUGAUCUGCCAGUUUACCCAUCCACCUAAACAAACACCUACCCCUCCAAUAACCGCAGUGGGACGACGUGAGACAUUCCAUACCUACUUAGGUCCAUACGAAGUACCUCCUGCUCAGGUACUGUCCACCGAUGUACACAUGCUGUACAGGAUAGGAUGACUCUCGAGUCUCAAAUGUUGUGGUGACUGAGUAUAGACAAGUAGACACUUCGUUAUAGACGGGCACAUAUCUAUACCACUCACUGUGUGCAAUGCCUGACCUCAACUCCAUCCCUCCUACGCCACAGGGUCUUGCUGCUGCCCGUGCCCAUCGCACAUCUUCAGCCCAGGCCGCCCGAUCCCAGCAACCGUCCCAGAGAGCUUCAUCGCCACCCCCUGCGGUGUCUACAU